CUCAUCUUCAGUUCAAACUCAACAAACCCAAACCCCAAAACCAAAAUCAGAAACCCGAAAAAACCCAGAGAUGGAUGAUUACACGAGAGAAAUGAUGGAUUUGAAAACCCUAGUCACUCGUACUUUGGAGAAGAAAGGCGUUCUUGCCAGGAUCCGUGCUGAAUUGAGAGCUAGCGUGUUUGAAGCUAUCGAAGAGGAAGAUAAAGUUAUCGAAAAAGACGAAGGUCUUCCUCCUGCUUUAUUGGGUAGCUGCAAUGAUCGUGCAAAGCAUCUACACAAUUCGCCUUCGGGAAGGCUUCUAACUGCCUUAAUAUGUGAAUAUCUGGAUUGGGCGCAAUUAAACCACACGUUGAAAGUAUACUUACCGGAGUGUAAUUUGCCAAAGGAUUCUUGGAAAUCGGAGUUAAAAGAUUUCGGGAGCAAGAACGCGUACGACAUUAAUCGGAACGGAGAAAGUGGGCCCUUGCUUUUGGAUGUUCUUGAGGGUUUCUUAAAGUACGAGAAUUUAUCUCAAGAAAGAGGUGGCAGCCAAAGAUCGAACACGCCUGAAGUCGAAUUUAUACCAAACAUGGAAAUUCGAAACAAUAGGAGACCUUCAUCUACUUCACCGGCUGGUGGUUUACCUCCACUAGGAAGGCCUCAUCACGCUUCACAGUCAUCUGAUCGAAGAGCAAGGUCAUCUACAUCGGGAUAUAGGAAAGAUGAAUACAAUUGGCGGUAUGGUAAUAAUGAAGAACUUCCGGAAGAUGUAGUCCGUGCUUCUACUGCUUUGGAAAAUCUGCAUUUGGAUAGAAAGACUCGUAAUUUGACCACAUCUUGGAGACAUGCUGAGGAUGAAGUUUCCGAGGACGAUAGUACCGGUUAGAGACCAACUCCAGACGAAAAAUCUUUUAACUUAAAACUUAUUUAAUAGGAUUUGUUUUUCUAUUGAUCCAACAAUGUUGAUUUUUUAUUGUUUUUAUUUUUUUUUUGUGUGUUAAUUUUUGGCCAUGAAAUGGCUUUGAUUUUAUGUAACAUGUGCUUGUGUAAUUUAAAAUCUAGUGAUCAUUAAAACUAAUUUUUAUGUCCUC